ACCCAAGAAAGAAAAAGCGAUAAAGAAACAUCAAAUGUCCUGUUUACCCUCUGCUGGUCCUUUUCGCGCUCCUCCAAAUGUAGGGACUUUUUUCGAGUUAUAUGCUUUUCUGCUCCGUGUCGCACUUUUUCAGUCGAAGAAACCAGCGUGCAGCGUGCUCUUUCCUAUCUCUCUGGUUCGUUCGGUCGCGGCUUUGAUCCGAUGGAGCAGCCACCUUCGCUCCUUUUACAGCGGUACCGUGGAGAGCGUCGCAAGCUUUUGGAGUUCCUCCUGUCCUCGGGUUUGAUCAAAGAGCUCCGAACCUCUGCGGGCCCCAUCGCCGCUCUUUCCGACGUCGACUUGGAUAACAUCAGCGUCGAUUAUGUCCUCCACUGCAUAAAAUCCGUAGGUGGAGUGGUUGACGUUUCUGAAGCAACUGAGAAAUUCUUUGAUGAAUCUUCUAACCCAGUUAUGAUUCAUUCUCAGUUAGGAAAUUCCUAUUUUCUACUUUCUGAUCCAGACUUGUCUGGAUCACCCCCCAGGCGAGUACCACCUCCAACUGAUGUGAUUCGAACUGCUAAUCAUGUGACAUGUUCAUCUAGACUAGAUCCUGUGAUUGUCGAGGACAUUGCAGCAUCUGGGGAAGAGUUCAGUCCUAAACUUGGAGCGGCAACGUGCACACCUUUUAAGCCUGUAGAAGAUGAGAAAUUUCCUCCAUUAGGAUUACCUUGCCUGAAUGCAGGAUUGUCGGAUGAUGACUUGUGUGCAUCAGCCUAUGAAAUAUUGCUUGCAUCUUUGGUCUUUUCUGGGGUUGAAAUACAUACACUUGAGGAUAGAAGGAAAGAAAGGAGUUCUAAACUUCUGUCAGGGUUGAAGAAUAGAAAGGGUAAAAGCCAUCAGCAGUCUCAGUCUCAAGGAAGACAUUCAGAGAUUAUUGAUAUUAUCCGCAUUCAGAUGCAGAUUUCAGAAGCAAUGGAUGCAUGCAUAAGGCAAAGGUUGACACAAUUCGCUGCUGCUAGGACAAUGUGGGGACCAAUUGAUAUUCCUCAAAUUUCGUUGGGACUUUUGAGUAGCAUGUUAAAGUCUGAUUUUCAAAAUGAAAAGUCUUAUGUGCAGUGGAAGAGUAGACAGGCGAGUGUCUUAGAAGAGAUUCUUUGUUUUUCUGCUGACAUUGAAGCAUCUGAACGUCUAACUGUUAAAAAUUCUCUUGAAAAUAUCAGAAAUUCCAAGGAGUGGGACAUUACAAUGUCACCUUCCGAACGUACUGAGUUUCUAUCUACUAUCACACAAGUGGCUUUAAAGUUGUCUUCUCUGCCUGGAAAAUUCAGUAUUCAGAGUGAAACCUAUUAUUGGACUGCUGAUUAUAAGUUGAACAUUAGACUUUAUGAGAAAUUACUUUUUGGUGUGUUUGAUGUCCUUGACGAAGGCCAGCUCAUCAUGGAAUCCAAUGAACUCCUGAUGCUGAUCAAAUUGACCUGGCGUACUUUGGGCAUCACUCAGAAAAUGCAUAAUGUGAUAUAUGGGUGGGUCCUUUUCCAGCAGUAUGUAGGGACAGAUGAAGCUGCGCUAUUAGAUUAUGCACUUCUGGAGUUGCAGAAGGUUAUAUCUGCCGAAAAUAAUGAUGGGCAGGAGCAUUACAUGGAUAGCCUAACAUGUUCAAGGCAAUGCAAUGGCAGUGAAAGGAAGUUAAGUUUGGUGCAGGCCAUUUUCUUCUCAAUAAGCAGUUGGUGUGACAGUAAGCUGCAAGACUAUCAUCUACAUUUCAGUCAGAAACCUGAUGACUUUACGAGGAUGAUCAACCUGGUCUCAGCAGUUGGCAUUCUUACUCCUGGAGAUCUUGGCGAUAUCAAGUUAAUUAGCUUGAAUGCUAUGAAUGAGAGUGCAACGAGAAAACUGAAAACAUAUGUGGAGAGAUCAAUAAAAUCCGCAUAUAGCCGGGUAGCAAAUACCAUAGAUCUUGAGUCUAAGGUGGUAAGGACACAUCCUUUGGCCCUGCUUGCAAAUGAGCUAAGAUUGAUUGCUCAGAGAGAGUUCAAUGUGUUCUUCCCGGCACUAUGUCAUUGGUGCCCUGAAUCUGGAAUGAUUGCUGCCAAGCUAUUGCACCAGAUUUAUGGGGAAAAACUGAAACCAUUUCUUGGGGGGGUGUCAUCUCUUUCUGAAGAGGUCAGAUCAGUGCUUUCAGCUGCUUGUUUGUUGGACCAUGACCUGACUCAGCUAUAUAUUUCUGCUUGUGAAGUAAAUAGGCAGCAUGACCAUCUCAACCAUGAGCUGGACCACUAUCCGAUUGGAGAAGUUGCUAAACCAUUAAUUCUUGAGUGGGUGAUUGCUCAGAAUUCACGUAUCCUGGAAUGGACUGGACGUGUAUUUGAUCUUGAGGCAUGGGAGCCUUUAUCAUCUCAGCAAAGACUGGCUGCAUCAGCAGUUGAAGUUUUUAGGAUCAUUGAAGAGACCGUGGAUCAAUUCUUUGGCUUGAAUCUUUUAAUGGAUAUUACACAUUUACAAGCUCUGCUAUCUGUUAUUUUUCACAGUCUGGAUGCCUAUUUGCUGAAAAUGCUUAACCAGCUAGUUGACAAGAAUCACCUCUAUCCCUUGGCUCCUCCUUUAACUUGUUAUGAGGAGACAGUUAUUCCAAUAAUGAAGAAGAAGGUGCUACAGCAUAAACUUUUGGAGGACGACGUGAGCAAAAAGUUGAAUGAAUUAACAAUAUCCAAACUCUGUAUCAGGUUAAACACUCUUAAAUAUAUUCAGAAACAAAUUGGCAUACUAGAGGAUGGCAUUAGAAAGUCCUGGGCACUAAUCAGACCUGCAGCUGGUCAGGGAUGGGCUAAAGAAGAGCCUCAGGAAAUUUCAGAGAGUUCUCUAUCAACAUGUGGCGAAGCAUUUGAUGAACUGUUUGUCAUCACCUUUAACAGCAUUGGGGAUACUGCGACAGAUGCUAUCAGCAAAAUUUGUGACCUUACAGGUGCGAGAGUUGUGUUCUGGGAUCUCAGAGAUACAUUCCUCUUUUCUUUAUACCGUGGUAGUGUUGAAGGUGCUCGAUUGGACAGUGUUCUUCCACAUAUUGAUACUGUUCUCAACCAUAUAUGUGGUUUAAUUGAUGAAACUCUUAGAGACCUUGUGGUUUUCAGCAUCUGUCGAGCAUCGCUGGAAGGCUAUGUUUGGGUGUUGCUUAAUGGAGGUCCUUCUCGCUCAUAUUCUGAUUCAGAUAUCAUAAUCAUGGGGGAUGACCUUAAUCUUUUGAAGGAUUUCUUUAUAGCUGAUGGAGAGGGCCUUCCACGUUCAGUAGUGGGCCAAGAAGCAAAACUUGCUGAACAAAUACUGAGCUUGUAUUCCCUUCAGACUGGUACGGUUAUCCAGAUGCUCAUGACAGCAAGUGAACAAAUUUCAACAGGAUUGAAUUCACGUAAUCAUGAUAAAAUGGGAUUAGAAGAUGCCCAAACUUUAAUACGAGUCUUGUGCCACAAGAAAGAUAGACAAGCCUCCAAAUUCUUAAAACGACAUUAUCAGCUCCCAACAUCUUCAGAUUACGAUGACACUCCAUCAGAGGAUUCAGAUUCGAUAUUGAAAUCUCCUGUAAUAUCUGAUCUCUUAAAACGGAGCUCCUCAUUUCAUUGGACCAAGGGCCAGAGUAGUCUUAAAUCGUUCAAGAAGAAACUCCAAGAAGCCACAUCAGAUAUCAGGAAUAUGGCAUGGUAGAGAUACUCCUUAGAUUAUGUUCUGCUUGGAAAGUACCCUUGUAUUCCGAGUAGAUGUCAAGCUAUUGUUAGCACCCUGUUCUUGCAAAGGGUUUAAACGAGUCCAAGUUUUUGUAAUCCAUUUAAAGCCUUGUCAGCAAACACCACCCCCUCCUAUAUUAUUUGUAAUUGUAUCGUCACUAAUGUGGUGACUCAGAAAAGGAAAAUGCUUCAGCCACAUUUUUUCGUUAUUUUAAAAUGUGGUGAGCCAUUAAGUUUUUCCUUGGACUUUAGGAACCUGCAAUUUAUUUCACAUUAUGUUGGUGAGCCAUUAAGUUUUUAAAUUUUAAUGGUGGCCAACACCAUGGGAUGACUCGCAGGGCAGUGGUCCUCUUUCUUUUUCAUAUACUUAUUUAGGUCUA